AUGGAUACAGCGGACCGCGCCAGUUGGCUAGCACAAAUACAAAGGGACAGGGCCAAACGUCUUGAAUUGGACAAAACUGAAGUCGAUCUCCGUCGGAGGCGAACUCACUUGGACCUGCAAGACGACGACGAUAAUCAAGAAGAAAACCGUGAGCCACCCCCUGAGGUAAAACCACUCAUUGAUAUGUUUCCAGGUGUCUCCGCCGCCCUCCUUACUCGCAUCUUCGAAAGGAAAUUGAAGGCGACCAAACUCCUUCACUUCAAAGAGAAGUCAGUAAUCGACGCAGAUCAAGAGAAUGGAGUCUUCAAAAUGACCGAGUCAGGUGGCACCGUGAGCUUCAAAAAGGCAGCUUCAUCGCUCAAAGACUGGGGUCCUAACCCUCAAACAUGGACCAGCUGUUUCCUUACCUACUUAGCAGUCAUAGGAUAUCUUUUUGGUGACAAGCACCCUAAGGCUGUCCCUAACCUACUCAUGUUUAUGAGGCAAAUCCUUGACUUUGCUCAGACCUAUCAAUGGCCGGAAGCAGUACUUCCACUAGCUCUCAACUUCCACCAAUAUUUACUGGAUAAGGGUGAGUUAUCAACAGAUAGCUACCUAGUCACGCCCCAGUUUCGCGAGAAAUAUCUCCGCUACAACCUUACACUACCAGCCAAGCCAACGCAGAACCCCUCAGCAGCCCGACCCCGCCAUGCCAAGUCUGCAAGAUCAUUGAAUAAUGAUACAGAGAUUUUAUGUGGGUUGGGCAAGCACGGUGCUAUAACUUGCCGCAAGAAAAAGUAG